UCCGCUCUCUGGGAGGAGGAGAGCGACUGCAGUGUUGUUAGUUUGAACAAAAUGGCUGCGAGACCACUGUCAACGAGAGCUCACUGAACGCCUACCAUGACUGUCCGCUGCGCUGUCUGGAUCCACACAGAAUGUAUUUCCCCGGAGUCGUUUCUCACUUUGCAUUCGCGGUAGCCAGCCCGUUGCUAGUCGUCCAGUUGGCGACCUAAACAAAAACAUUUAUUUUGCACUUUAAAACAAGUUGGCUGGCUGGCUGACGGCCGUCGGCUUGCUCUUAUGCGCGAGAACUCAUCGGCGAUUUUUAACGAAAACUGCCUGAUCUCCCCCUUUUGCAAAACCUCGCAACGACUGACGACUUACAACGUCAACCAGCUAACGUCAGCUUGCAUUAUUUAGCUGCUUUUAAAAGUGAUUUUAUUCGUGUUAUUUUUUUGUUGUUUUUGUUGUUAGUGGUGCUUCGUUCCCCUCCCCGCCCCCCAGUAUAUCGCGACGUUUUAACAAACUGUUUUUCGGCGAGUGUAAUUUCACGGAAUAUUGUACAUUUUCUUUGCUUAAAGUAUAAAUUACCUUACUUGCUGUGUGUCUAUCUGGCGGAGUAGCCGUUGUUUACCUCGGUAUCACCAAGCUGCUGCAGCAGCAGUAGUCGGCUUAUCUGCCAAAUCUGACUUUAAUUGCGACUGAAUCUCUGCUCCAUCUUUUUACGGGUAACUUUAGAAAAGACAUCGAAGAAUGCUUUUCUGCAUAUUUUUUUCUGACGUGCACCGACUCUUCACUGAAAGCUGCCAAAGCUGUGGUUAACGCAAGCUGAGAGAAGCUAGCAACAGAAGAAAGAGAACCAUUUGAUGGAAGAAAAGAAAAAGAAAAAACAAGAAGAAAAGACCAAAACGGACAUUGCUCAGAAAAAGGCUUCUGAUCAUAAACCCAAAGUGCAAGAGCCUGCUCCCACUAAGCCCAGUCCCGGCCCACCCCACCACCUCCACCUAGCCAGCCCUACGCUGCCCCUCUUCUCCUCCACUUCUUCUUCUGGCAAUGGCAAGCGAGCCUCCUCCAGUAGCCAACUCCCGACUCAGACUCCCCCUCAGCCGCAGUGCCAGUUGUCCUCUGCCAGUGCUCGUUAUCCGCCCAGAGAGGUGCCCCCGCGCUUCCGCCAGCAGGAGCACAAGCAGCUACUGAAGAGAGGCCAGCCACUGCCUGCAGAAACCCUCAGCGCUCUCACCCUCUGUUCCUCUUUCUCCUCCUCUUCGCCUUCAUCUUAUUCUUACUCUUCUACGAUUACCAGCAGCACUUCCCCGAACUCUACCACGUCCACUGCAAGCAAACACCACCCAGACAUAUCCCUUCAGAGUGGCUCCGUUCCCCAGUAUGAGACCUCUCAUUGGGGAGCCUCUUUGCCAGUUGACAGCUCAUUCAGUGCCAAUAGCUGGGACGAAGUGAUUAUUGACGAAAGUGACACAGAAGCUUGGCCCUCCAUCAGACGCACUAGUGACCCCAGCCACCCCAGAGCACCAGAAUGCCCCUUGGGCUCAGCUAGCUCUAACACAGACAACAGUGCUGUCACUACCACCACCAGUAGUAGUUUUCUGAGCAUGGCCACAGGUGCAGCAGGCCAGCAGGCCCACUACCCUUCUCUUAAAGCUAACAAUAACAUGAUGACGGGACCUGGGUCAGCCAACACAUGCGGUAAUAGAGGCUGGUGCUCAGAUGGGAAACAAGAUGGUAUGAAUGGUGGCAGAGUAGGAGCGCCCAAUAACUGGGGUUCUCCCAAUUUUAACUUGAACCUCAAUCCCAAUGCCAACCCAUCGGCCUGGCCUGUUCUGGGACAUGAGGAUGGUGGGGGUUGUAGUAUUGGCCCCAACGCUGUGUCAAACUCCCAGUCCCUCCCGCCAUGUAUUAAUGGCAAUGGAAACAUGGGAAAUGGGAGCCAGGGAGGUGCAGAUAAUGGCGGGGGAGGUUGGAUUGGCAUGAUAAGUGCUAACGAAAAUGAUCAACAGCACCCUUCAGCCAACACAAGCUUGUCCUUCAAAAUGGAACCUUCUAAACUUAACACUGAUGGACCAAACCACACUAAGCAGCAGCAAGCUCAUGAGCCUAUGAGCCCUAUCCAUGGGUUAACUGGCUGGGGAGGCCAGUCACCCACUGAAUCAUCCCAGCUCAAUGGGGACACAACAGGCAGCUCUGUAUGGGAUAGUGCAGAAACCAAGGCAGCUGACUCUCCCAAGGACUCAGGCUGGGACUCAACCCCCUCUGCAGGUCUUUCUGCCUGGGGCCGCCAAGGCAGUGGUGGUGGGAGUAGUGGAAGUGGUGGCUGGGGUGACUGGGGGAAAUCUUCAGGGGGCGGAGAUGCAUCUAAAGGCUGGGACUCAGUGGAUGCUGGUAGUUCUGGUUCAGGCCAAGAGCAGCAACUUAGCUCAUGGGGCCAGCAGCCCAGAACAGCCCCAGCAAGCGACGGUAGCGGGGACAGCAGCGAAAGUAAAUCUGGCGACAGAGACAGGUCCUCCAGCGCAGAUUGUACCCCUCUGUUCCCCCGGCAGGACCUGGACCCUAGGGUGCUGAGUAAUACGGGUUGGGGACAGACCCCCAUCCGGCAGCACACUGUAUGGGAGAUGGAAGAAGCCAAUAUUGAUGAUGGGAAGAACAAAAGUAGCUCAGAUACCAUCGGAGGCUCCAGCUCUAAUGGUGGACCCUCAUCCAUUAAUGGAGGUAUCAUCAACUCGAAAAUUUGCCCCAGUCAGAGACCUGGGUCUGGAGAAAAAAGUGACAGCGAAGGAUCAUCAUCCUCAGGUUGGAGAGCCCCUCCACCUCAGCCUAUCCAGACUGGAUCUGGAUGGGGGGACCCCCCACAGUCACUCAGCAAUGCACCAAAUGGCACUAACAGUGGCUGGGGUGACCCUUUGCCUUCCAAUGGUCCUAGAAAUGGAGGCACACCAUCCUGGAGUUCUGAGGACAAGUCACCUAGUUGGGAUGAUGGCCAGAAGAAAAAUCAGCCUAGUAGCUGGGGAGAAGGCCCCAAAAGCUCCCCUGGAUGGGGCAACAGUAAUGGGGGCUCCAAUGGCUCCAGCACAGGGGAGUGGGGAGAGCCGGAGGUCAAGAAGAACGGAUCCUCCAGCAGCAUGUGGGAAGGAGAAGGAGGAAAUGGAGGAAGUGGUGGAUGGAAGGAAAGCCCCAGGGGAGGAAAUAGAGGAGGAGGCUGGGGUAAGCCUGCUCCUACUGUGAGCAAUACCAGUUGGGGGGAGACCCCACGUGCCAAUGGCCCUGUACAAGGAUCAUGGGGCUCUUCCAAGCCCCAGGAAAGCAGCAGCAGCAGCAGCACUGGUAGCGGAGGAGGUGGAAGCAUGGGAUCAUGGGGUGGGCCUGCUACUGUGAAGCAGAACACAUCAAGCUGGGGCAAUGGCAGCAAACAGGACCAGGGCAUGGAUCCCACCGGCUGGGAAGAGCCCUCCCCUCCCUCCAUCCGCAGGAAGAUGGAGAUUGACGAUGGAACGUCCACCUGGGGCGAUCCUGACACCUACAACAAGACUGUCAAUAUGUGGGAUCGCAAAAAUCCCAAUAAUAACACAGGCAAUAGCGGUCCACCUUCCAGUAAGAAUGGUGGAGGGAUUAACCCCAACAAUAACAACAACAAUCAUUCUGUCGGCCCUGGCAACAACAAUCACCAUCACACUCACCACAUGCACCACCAUCCCCAUCAUGGCCAGCCCCCAACUCACCUGCAACAUCAUGGAAGCAACAAUGGGUCAUCCAGUAAUGGCCCCCCACAUCCAAGUGUGGGGACCCAGGGUAGACCCCCCCUCGCCAACCCAGGUUGGGGAGAGCUUCCAAAUGUUCAACCCAAGUCGGAGCCUGCUUGGGGAGAGCCAGCCGCUCCAAUAUCAAGUGUGGACAAUGGCACCUCUGCCUGGGGCAAGCCCUCAGGGGGAGUAGGAGGAUGGGGAGAUGGUGGCCAUGAGCCCUCUGGACCCUAUGGCAGGGCCAACGGACCCACCAGUUCUGCACCCUGCAAGCCAGGCCCUAAACCUAUGCAAGAUGGCUGGGGAAAUGGUGGAGAGGAGAUGGGUAUGUCUACCGGCCAAUGGGACACUGAGGACGGGGAAAUGUGGAACAGCCCCACCUCCCAAGAGAGCAGCUCUUCUUGCAACUCCUGGGGCAAUGGACCCAAGAAGGGCCCGAGCAAGGGGAAGAUGGGCAAGCCAGAUGAUGCAUGGAUCAUGAACCGUCUGAUCAAACAGCUCACUGACAUGGGCUUUCCGAGAGACCCUGCUGAGGAGGCUUUAAAGAGCAACAACAUGAACCUUGACCAGGCCAUGAGCGCCCUGUUGGAGAAGAAGAUGGACCUGGACAAGCGGGGCAUGGGCAUGUCUGAUUACAGUAAUGGCAUGAACAAGCCGAUGGUGUGUCGGCCCUCUGCACUCUCCAAAGACCCCUCCGAACGCACCUCCUUUCUUGAUAAGGAUGGUGUUCUGUCAGAUGAUGCCCCCCCAUCACCGUUUCUGCCUUCCCCCAACCUGAAGCUACCCCUGGCCAACAGUAGCCUUUCUGGGCAGGGUCUGGGACAGGGCAACCCGGGGCUGGCCAUGCAAAACUUGAACAACAGACAGAUACCCAGUGGAAUGUUUGGCAGUAGUGGAGCAGCACAAACCCGGGCCAUGCAGCAGCAGCCUCCUCAGCCACCAGUGCCACCUCUCAGCUCCUCCCAGCCUAGUCUACGUGCUCAAGUGCCUCAGUUUCUCUCCCCUCAGGUCCAAGCACAGCUCUUGCAGUUUGCAGCAAAAAAUAUUGGUCUGAACCCUGCACUUUUAACCUCACCAAUAAACCCUCAACAAAUGACUCUCUUGUACCAACUUCAGCAACUGCAAAUGGCAUACCAGCGUUUACAAAUCCAGCAGCAGAUGAUGCAGGCGCAACGCAAUGUUUCCGGCCCCAUUAGACAGCAAGAGCAGCAAGUUGCACGUACAAUCACCAACAUGCAGCAACAGAUCCAGCAGCACCAGCGUCAGCUGUACCAAGCGCUGCUUAUGAAGCAGCAGCAACUUCCCUCCCAUUCCUCUUCCUCCUCCGCUGGUCUGCAUCCCUCCGGUGGCCCCGCCGGAGUCCAUGGUUCCGGAAAAUCAAACCUGGACCCCUACACAGGCCCACACCAGGCUCCUGGCCUAGCCGACUCACUGCACACCAAAGAGCCGCCGUCUUCGUCUAACGCCUACAGCACCUACCCUCUCUCGGGACUGAAUCCAAACAUGAAUGUAAACUGCAUGGAGGUCGGGGGUUUGUCCCUAAAGGAGCCCCCUCAGCCCCAAUCCCGCCUGUCCCAGUGGACACACUCCAACUCCAUGGACAGCCUCUCUGGCAACUCCUCAAACAUGGAGAACAACCUCAAUAAGCACGGUGCCAUAUCUGCUGCCUCUUCCCUGUGCCCCCCUGGUAAGCCCCCCCAGCUGGAGGACUCAUACAGCCCUUACAAUCUAAUGUCCAGCUCUGAGUCCCCCAACAGCCCCCUGGUGCCCUCGGACAGCUGGGGACAGGGCAAGAACCCCAAUGAAAAGAUCUCCAAUGGGACCAACAUUAACUGGCCCCCAGAGUUCUGCCCAGGUGUGCCAUGGAAGGGCCUUCAGAACAUCGACCCUGAGAAUGACCCCAACAUGACCCCUGGCAGCGUCCCCAGCGGUCCCACCAUCAACACCAACAUCCAUGACGUCAAUCGAUAUCUGCUGCGGGACAGGAAUGGAGCCACUUCUCCAACUCUGCCACUUCAGAAUGGCUCUCUGCCUCCAACCAGCAGUGACUGGCCAGUCAGUGGCUAUUCUAGCUCUUUCAUUCUGUCAUCCUCUGAUGGAGAUGGCUCAGGUAAACUGUCUGACAUGAAAUCCACCUGGUCUCCAGGGCCCAUUUCCCAGAGCCAAGCGUCUCUGUCACAUGAUCUGUGGAAAGUCCCUCAGGGGCCACGCAGCAACGCUGCCCCAUCCCGGCCCCCGCCAGGCCUCACCAACAAUAAGCCCUCUUCCACCUGGGGUGGCAACUCCCUGGGCCUGGCCCAAGGCUGGAGUGCCUCCUACUCCUCUGAGGUUACCACCUGGAGUACUGACAGCUCCAACAGGACCAGCAGCUGGCUGGUGCUGAGGAAUCUCACCCCACAAAUUGAUGGUUCCACUCUGCGAACCCUGUGCAUGCAGCACGGCCCCCUGAUCACAUUCCACCUCAACCUGACCCAGGGGAACGCUGUGGUGCGCUACAGCUCCAAGGACGAGGCUGCAAAGGCCCAGAAGUCUCUGCACAUGUGUGUGCUUGGAAACACCACCAUCCUAGCAGAGUUUGCCGGUGAGGAGGAGGUGAACCGCUUCUUUGCACAAGGCCAGUCGCUGGGAGCUAACACCACUAGCUGGCAGGCCAACCCAGGAGCUAAUCAAAACCGGAUGGGCGGGGCAGCUCAGACCCACUCUAUUGGCCAGUGGAGCAGCGGUGGCGGUGGAGGCAAGCCCAGUGGAGGCGACCUGCUGUGGGGCGGUGUGCCCCAGUACUCCAGCCUGUGGGGACCGCCAAAUGGAGAGGAUGCCCGCGUGAUUGGGAGCCCAACUUCCAUUAACACCCUGCUGCCUGGAGAUCUGCUGAGUGGGGAGUCCAUGUAGGAUGAUGCCACGAUACACUAACCAACCAACCAACCCACCACCAUGUCAUGUAAGCCAUUGGUGGAAGGUGGGGUGGAAAAAUACAACAACAAAAAUAUGAACAGGAGCAAAACCCAAGCAAAUUAUGUGGCGAUAAUCAGUAUCAAUUUGAACUGUUUUGAACUGUGAAUUGUGAAUCAGAAGGCCGGGGUCCCUCCCACAUAGACUACAGACUCCAGUCUUUCUGUUUUGCUUUUGUCCCUUUUUUGUUGUUUUUUUCCUUUUGGUAGAUUUGAAAAGCAUCGUAUAAAACAGACUAAAAUGAGACACAACACAAAGAAAACUUUCAAGUGUUUUAAGUUUUUCCAUAAGUAUACAUCACAUUCUAUGUGAAUUCUUUUUUUCUUUUUCUUUUUUAGGAGAAGCAAUCAAAGCUGCCAUCUGAGACUUUCCUUUUCCCUCCAAAAAACAAUAAAAAAUCAUCCCAAAAUAAGAAUUAAGACGACCAUUCCCAGCAUGUCCAUGGCCAAUGAUUUGGUUCAAAGACGUUUAGAGUAGUUAACGUUUGUUUCUCAGCACUAAUAUUAGCCUUAAGUGCUCUCUGGCCCAGGUCCUUCCCAAGCCGCCUUUUUUAGUUUGUUUUGUAACUGAAGAAAUAGCUGAAAUCUUGCACAGUUUCACCUCUGAGCCAGCCAGUGGUACAGGAUAUGGCUGGUGACCAACUCUGUCACUGGGCAGUAAAAAGACCUGGCCACGUGACUGGCCCUACCAAUCAUCAGCUUAAUUAUUUUAAUUUUGUAUUCUCAAAGGGAUUGACACAGCUGUUAAAUGUUCUUUUUUUUGUAGGUCUAGACCCAAGCGCAUUUUUGAUAUAUAUCACAUAUAAGCUGAGAGAUUAUUUGUCAACCUUGCUGCGUGUCUCUGUUUCCGUACAUGUCUAUGUAUGUCCGGUGGCACCUAAUCAUUGACGUCGGCAAGCCCAGAUCCUUCUGGUCACCUUAAACCCAGUCGCUUACUGGUGCUUUGUUGAAUUUUCUAUUGUCGGAUUUGUUAUGAAGCCCAUGGGCAAUGUGGUCUGCCAGUUUUCGAAGUAAAAAAAGAACACAAUUUCUCCUUUAGUUACAUUGUGCAAUAUACACCAUAGACCUUUCUUCCAUCCAUACUCUAUGUCCACCGGAGCUGUUUUUUUCUUUUGUUUUGUUUUUUUGAUUGUUGCUGAUUGCAGCAAAAGACUGGAACUUCAAAAACCUUACCCCCUUUCAAAACUUGGAUCCCCUCCAGGCCGCCAAUCUCCCUGAAACUGUUGGGAAAACUCUGCAAAGAGGAAGAAGCAGCUGUUGAACUGUGCAUGCAGCAAAGUGUACUAAAUAGUGACACUGGUACACAAUAAUGCACACUUCCUCUCUGCCACAGCCACACCCAACAGAGACUGAAUCUACUGCAGUGGGAUUGGAUGGUUCUGGGUAUCUGGCACAAUACCAAAUAAGGUUUCUCCUAAUGCAGUAGACCUACGAGUGUUCCUUGUGUUUGUUACUGUACAAACAAAGGAGACUAAGACUUUUAUAAAUUCAAAGGGUUUUAUCAAAGCACUUAUGAAGAGCAAAUCGCUUCAACUGCAAUCCAAUAAAUCAAAAAAAAGAGCAUGAUAAACAUUGAAAACAAAAAAAA